AUCCCAUUUCACCCUAACAUUCAGUAAGACAAUUAUGGUUAGAGUGCUUAUUCAGAGAUUGUAUUAUUCAAAUAUUUAAUGUAAUGUAUAAAAAAAUUGCAUUUGUCGUUGCAGUGGGAUCCGUAGUAUUUUUCUUAUUUCAUCCUUAUCGUCAUGCCAAAUAUUAUUCUUAUUUAAAUGCUCGUUAUAUUUACGACGAGUUGGUACAAUACUUAAACAAGAAUGAAAGUGAAAAAUUCGUUUGCAAAGAUAAUUUUUAUAAAGAACUUAUUAAUAAUAACCAACAAUAUAAUGUAGAAUAUAUAUUAAAUAAUGUAACAUUGCAGCCAAUAUUGCCGGGUGGUGAAUAUAUACCUUUGGAUUGUAAGGCCCGGUUCAAAAGUGCAAUUAUAGUUCCUUAUAGGAAUAGAGAUGAACAUUUAAAAAUAUUUCUUAAGUAUAUAAGUAGAUACAUGCAGUUGCAAAAAAUUCAUUAUAGAGUAUUUGUCAUUGAGCAAAUGGAUACUGGUCCUUUUAACAGGGGUAAAUUACUUAAUAUUGGUGCACAGGAGGCCCUGAAAAACAAUUUUUCAUGUUUUUUCUUGCAUGAUGUGGAUUUACUUCCGUUGAAUAGUGGUCAUCUUUAUGCUUGUUCUAACUUUCCCAGGCAUUUAGCUAGUGGGAUGGACACCUUAAGGUACCAUCUACCAUAUUUAGGCUUUACUGGUGGAGUAUUUUCAAUUACUGCAGAGCAAUAUUUAAGAAUAAAUGGAAUGUCAAAUAGAUUUAUUGGAUGGGGUGGGGAAGAUGAUGAUUUAUAUGUCUUGGCAAACAAAUAUAGAGCCAAGACAGAGUGAUGUACAGUGGUAAAGUGGAUAGCAUGUAGGCCGAACAUAUUUCAUUAACAUCAUAAUAUCAACUACAUAAAAUUAAGUUUUCUUGUUCGGUCACCUUAUUCAUUUCACUCUCUUUGCUGCUUGUGCAUAUUUCAUGGAUCUUCAAUUUGCAAAAACAAAUUAACAAAUAAUUGUAUUUUGUUAAUACCUACUACACCAUCACACUAUCUUGUAAGAUACAUGGUAAAAAAAAACCAAACGAAUAAAACAAUUUAGCAUGGGCGUUGAAAACAGUUGCAAAUACCUUCUAGAAAUAUUAAGCAAAUAGGUAUGCUAUUCAUAGGUAUUAAUAUUUUAACAUGUAGUUUGUGUGCUGCAAGUCUGAAUUUAUUAUAUAGAAAGUGAUAGAAUGAAGUAGAAGACAUAUUUGUGUGCCCUACAUACACUCAACAUCAUUUAUGAUA